AACCCGGCAUUCUCCGUGCCUUUUAUGUGGUAGACAAACAGCUCGCCUACAGUUUGACUGAGAUUGGUUUUGGCAUAACGGAGUUCGCGUGACAUCCACGAAAGAAGUUCAACAUCACCUCCUGUAAAUACGCAACUGCUUCAUAUUAUUAAACUUCAGGCUAUCUAGCCUAAGGACAGGUCAGCGGCAUUUCAGAAGAUAACGAUUUUAUAGCAAGCUAACUGGAUUUACUGGCGUGUCUACGAUGUCAUUUGCACGAAUUUGGAGCGUAACACUUCUGUGUGUCGUAGCCCUCAUCUCGAAUGUUGCAGGUAAAGUGCUGCCCACCAAUUCGGAUGCCCUGCUUGGCGCCUCUGCAGCUUCCGCCACAUCCAGCCCCCCUGACGUUUAUCUCCCGGCCAACUUCAAGCUCUCUAAUGCCCAGCUGGCCUUCUUCCUACGAGAGGCUAGAGGGCCAGCUCAGGGCAGCCAGAAUGGGCACCCUCUGCAGCGCUCUGAAAGCUUUGUGGUCUUCCAAACCAAGGAGCUGCCAGCGGUGAACAUCACCUUUGGACCCUUCUCGCAGGACCAGACCCUCUCUAAGGACCUGCUCCAGCCGUCCAGUCCCUUGGAGAUCCCCAGCAGACUGACCGUCAACUGGAAGGUGCGAGCCUUCAUCGUGCAGUCCAGAGUGUUCUCCAGCAACCCUAUCGUGCAGGUGCUGUUCUACAUCGCCGGCAGGGACUGGGAUGACUUCAAAGUUCUGGACAAGCUCCCCUGCGUCAGACUUCAUGCGUUCAGGGACGUGCGUGAGAUCAAGACCUCCUGCCGGCUACGAGGGAACCUGGCCCAGUGCCUGGCCCAGCUGGUGCUCCCUGGGAACUGGUUCAACACCAACGUGGCGCCCCUGGGCCGCAGGAAAGCCGUGGAGGGCCUGGAGCUGAGCGGGGAGACCCUCCAGGCGGAGCUGUACUACACUGUCCAUGACCCAGACAGCAACGGGGAGUGCGGAGACACCUCCGCCCGUAGGGGCGGAGGCGGAUCCAGGGGAGAGAUGCCCACGCAGCACCCUCUGCUCCGCAUCGGGAGCAUCAGCUUGUACCAGCCCAACCAGGAACAGAUGUUUGUGGACAAGCAGCUGGACAAGAACAUAUUUCUGCGUCUGCCAGAGAAACCGCUCAAACCAGGCGAGACCCUCAACAUCUACCUGUUCCUGGUGCCCAACUCCACUGUCGAGCAGUUCACCCUCAAGGUGAAAGCAAAGAAAGGGGUGAAUCUUCUCAAUACCAGAUCUAAGAGCUCUCAGUGGAAUGUGGAAUGGGUGGUACAGUCUGGGGCCAAGCACUCGAUCGCCACUAUGGACGUCACCAAGAACAAAGGAGUGCAGCUUGGGGAUGUCACCACCAACAUCGAGGUCAUGCAGCUAGACUUUGAGAUGGAGAACUUCACCAGCCAGUCGGUGACCCGCAGAAUCAACUGGAACAUCGACUACCGGGGUCAGAACCCACCUCCAGACUCUGAGAAGGUGGUGACAGAGCUGACUGUGGUCCAGCAAGACAUCCAAGCCAUCAUCCCUCUCUCUAUGGACACUGAGAUCAUCAACACCGCAGUUCUGACCGGCCGGACAGUCGCCAUCCCAGUGAAGGUUGUCUCCAUAGAAAUGAGCGGUGUCGUCACUGAUGUCUCAUCCUUUGUCGAGUGCAAGACCUCCAACGAGGACAUUGUUAAGGUGUCCAUAAACUGUGACUACGUGUUCGUGAACGGGAAGGAGACGCGCGGCUCCAUGAAUGCCAGGGUGAUCUUCAGUUACGAACAUCUGAGCGCGCCUCUGGAGCUGACAGUGUGGGUGCCCAAGCUGCCCCUGCAAGUGGAGCUGUCGGACAGCCGACUCAGUUUCAUCAAAGGCUGGAGAGUCCCCAUCCUGCCAGACCACAGAACCACCAGAGACAGCGAUGACGAGGACGAGGAUGACCGGAAGGUGAGCCGAGGCUGCACCCUCCAGUACCAGCACGCCCUGAUCAAGGUGCUGACCCAGUUCCACACCACUUCCACUGAGGGGACCGACCAGGUCAUAACCAUGCUGGGGCCGGACUGGCAGGUGGACGUCACCGAUCUGGUGCAGGACUCCCUGAAGGUGGCCGACCCCAGGGUGGCGGAGCUGGUGGACCGCACUGUCCUGGUGGGCUUGGAAGUUGGAACCACCACGCUGAAGGUAGAGUCUCCUCUAGCUGUGGAAGCUGUACUGGGAGAGACCUCUUUCUCUGUCAUCGAUGAUAAGGUGUCUAUCCAGGAGCUGCGGGUUCAUGCCAUCUCAGGCCUCUCUCUGACACUGCAGCCCAGCCCUGGUAACAGCCACACCAUGGUCGCCAAGGCAACAGGCCUGCAAACGCUGUCCACUCCUAAGCAGGAGGCAAGUCUCUCCAUCUGGAUUUAUUACAGUGACAACACAGCAGCUCCUCUGAGCCUCUUUGACCCGAAAGACUACAACCUGAAUGCCUCUACUCUGAAUGACAAAGUGGUAACCGUGUCCCAGGACCCACAGCUGCGGUGGCCGGUCAUUGUGGCGGAGAGCGAGGGGUCCGGAGAGGUGGUCCGCCUGGAGAUGACCAUCUGCGAGGCUUGCCAGAAGACCAAACGCAAGAGCGUCAUCGCCUCUGCCCCAGUGUAUGUCAAAGUACACUUUGGGCCGGAGGACGACUCUGAGGAAGAGAACGAGGACUACCCAGGAGGCCGCGGGGGGCAGGGGGCGGUGCCUGGCCACGGUGAGAGCGAAGAGCCGGCCAACACCAGGAGACCAUUCGACCCCAGCAUCGGUGGGGGGAGUUAUGAAGCAGCCAAUGAACAGCCUGCGAGCGUGCCCAUCGACUACACCAACUUCCCGACCAUCAGCAACCCGGAAAGGCCCACGGAGGGAGAGGAGGAUGAGGAGGAGGACUUCAGCCACCGUCCCCGCAGCAUGACCGACCUGGAGAUCGGCAUGUAUGCCCUGCUGGGGGUCUUCUGCCUCGCCAUCCUGGUCUUUCUCAUCAACUGCAUCGUCUUCGUCCUCAAGUACCGCCACAAGCGUAUCCCCCCAGAGGGACAGGCCAACAUGGACCAUUCCCACCACUGGGUGUUCCUGGGGAACGGGCAGCCGCUGCGGGCGCAGAGCGACCUCUCACCCCAGCAGGUGGAGAGUCCCAGCAACCCCCUGGAAGGGGUGCAGACUUGCUGCCACGGGGAUCACCACAGCAGCGGCAGCUCACAGACCAGCGUGCAGAGCCAGGUGCACGGGCGGGGAGACGGAAGCUCGGGGGGCUCCACCAAGGAGCACAGUGAGGAGCCCAACUCGCCCACCUCGAAGCGCAAGCGGGUCAAGUUCACCACCUUCACCACCCUGCCCAAUGAGGAAAUGCCCUACAACUCCAUCCCCAUUGCUGACGAGGAGGACAUUCAGUGGGUCUGCCAGGACAUGGGCUUUCAGGACCCAGAGGAACUGCACGACUACAUGCGCAGGAUAAAGGAAAUAGCCUAGUGGUGGGGAGAGGGGCACGUUCUGCCACCGAGCUUUGAGAACUUUUCCUCUCUCUUUGUCUUUUUUCACUUUAGUGGAGAUAUCUUUUCACAAAAACCUUGGUUUCUCUCUUUUUUCUGUUGCACAGUGCUGUUUCCUGUACACAUGCUCACUUCUUGGA